GGUCUCACCAGGAAGGGGCGGGGCGGAGGGGUUUAGACGCCGGGCAGUGUAGAGUCUAAGCUGCCUUUGCGGUGGUGGCUGCGCCUGCGAUGGCUUCUGUGUCCAGUCCGGUCCCUCGGCCGCCUCGCGGCGGUUGCUCCGUGCACUGGUUCCGACGGGGGUUGCGUCUUCACGACAACCCUGCUUUGCAGGCGGCUAUCCGAGAAGCGACCUCCGUGCGCUGCAUCUACAUCUUGGACCCCUGGUUCGCUGCGUCCUCCGCGGUGGGCAUCAACCGCUGGCGGUUUUUGCUCCAGUCUCUGGAAGAUUUGGACAACAGUUUAAGAAAACUUAAUUCCCGUUUAUUUGUAGUACGAGGGCAGCCAACUGAUGUUUUUCCAAGACUCUUUAAAGAAUGGGGGGUGACCCAUCUCACUUUUGAAUAUGAUUCAGAGCCUUUUGGAAAAGAGAGAGAUGCAGCUAUAGUGAAAUUGGCUAAGGAAGCAGGAGUAGAAGUGACAACAGAGAAUUCACACACCCUUUAUGACCUAGAUAGGAUCAUUGAGCUGAAUGGACACAAACCACCCCUCACUUACAAACGUUUUCAGGCCAUCAUUAGUCGCAUGGACCUGCCAAAAAAGCCAAUCAGCACCAUAACAAGCCAACAAAUGGAGAUGUACAAGACAGAGAUCCAAGAGAACCACGAUGAAACCUAUGGAGUACCAUCUCUAGAAGAACUAGGUUUUCCCACUGAAGGACUUGCUCCAACUGUUUGGCAGGGAGGGGAGACUGAAGCCUUAACUCGUCUGGAUAAGCAUUUGGAAAGAAAGGCAUGGGUUGCAAACUAUGAACGGCCAAGGAUGAAUGCCAAUUCGUUAUUGGCCAGCCCCACAGGGUUGAGUCCCUAUCUUCGGUUUGGCUGCUUGUCUUGUCGCUUAUUCUAUUAUCGGCUUUGGGAACUUUAUAAAAAGGUGAAGCGGAACAGCACUCCACCUCUUUCACUCUAUGGCCAAUUACUCUGGAGGGAAUUUUUUUACACAGCUGCCACAAAUAAUCCUAAAUUUGAUCGCAUGGAAGGAAAUCCUAUUUGCAUACAGAUCCCCUGGGACAGGAAUCCUGAAGCCUUGGCAAAGUGGGCAGAAGGCAAGACAGGCUUCCCUUGGAUUGAUGCAAUUAUGACUCAACUGAGGCAGGAAGGUUGGAUUCACCACUUGGCCCGGCAUGCUGUUGCCUGCUUUCUAACCAGAGGUGACCUUUGGAUCAGCUGGGAAUCUGGAGUGAGGGUAUUUGAUGAGCUGCUUCUGGAUGCAGAUUUCAGUGUAAAUGCAGGCAGCUGGAUGUGGCUUUCCUGCAGUGCUUUCUUCCAGCAGUUUUUUCACUGCUACUGUCCUGUUGGGUUUGGGCGUCGUACAGAUCCCAGCGGUGACUACAUUAGGCGGUAUCUACCCCAAUUGAAAGAUUUUCCAUCACGCUAUAUCUACGAGCCCUGGAAUGCCCCUGGGUCAGUUCAGAAGGCAGCAAAAUGUAUAAUUGGGGUAAACUAUCCCAAACCCAUGGUGAACCAUGCAGAGACCAGUCGACUAAACAUUGAACGCAUGAAGCAGAUUUAUCAGCAGCUCUCACGCUACAGAGGCCUAUGUUUAUUGGCCUCUGUCCCAUCCUGUAUAGAGGACUUCAGUAAUAUAACCACAGACCUUUCUUCAGCCCAUGGAGGUUCCAACAAUACAACAUUAAGGCAAUCCCACUGUACUUCUCCAAAACGGAAAUGUUAUGCUGGGGAAGAAAACAAUGAAGAGCUCUACAAAAGGCCAAGGAUGAUGGUACAUCGGGUAUCAAAGAACCCACAACAAGAACUUUUGCAAACUGAAUUUGGAAACUGACGGGACAAAAAUAAUGUCAUAGAAUGGCUAAUGGGGUAAUAGAGAAGUAUUUUCAUAAGAAGAAUCACAACACCGAACAGCAAUUCAAUUUGUUGAACGUGUGAAUGCACAAUACACAAGGACUCUAAAUCUCUUAUGGAAAAGGCAGUAAACAAGUUUUGUCAAUAAACACAAUCUCAGU